AUGAGCAAACGUACAUCAGCUUCGCUUAAAAACAAUGCUAUUUCUCGCACCUUUUUUGAGGCUAAAAUAGGAAGAAGCUAUGAUAAUACUGGAAUAAAGUUUUUGUCCCCAAGCAUGACAAACCCAAGUAUGCCGCUGCAAUUUCAUGCCAAAAAAUAUUUGAGUACCAUUCCUAUAUCUUUAACCGACAAAUCCAUGAAUAAUUUGAACACUUAUUUUACCGAAUGUAGUUUUGAUCUUAAGCAUAUUCAAGAUUACCCGGGACUCUAUAAAAUUGGUCUUGAUAUUUGUGAUGAAAAUUGCGACUACGAAGAUCUUGAAUUCAAAUGCAAUUGUAAUACCAAACAUAUUGAGUAUUAUAAUGAUUCAACAUUAUCAAUUAUUGAAAGUGUCGAAUGUUGGAUUUAUAAUAAUCUGACACGUCCAACAACUGACAAGAUCAAGAGUUUAAUGACACUUUCAUAUUCUGCUUAG